AUGCACACCGUCUUUACGAUCGGUGUGCUACAAUAUCCGGUCAAGCUCAAUCUCCAGCCCAAGCCCAAGACGAAGCCCGAGCCCAAGCGCAAGCUCACAAUCAGCUGCGGCUGUCAAGCUUGGACGAUGGCGUCGACUAGGAGUUUGGAUCGCAAUCGUGAUAAGAAGAAGUUGUCGGCAGCGAAUGCGCAGCAGCAGCGGAACAAAAGGUGUCUGACGAUCCGCGACUCAGCCAUCGAGCUCGGAUCGAGAAGAACAGCUCCAGGCCAUUGCGAAAGAUCAAUCCGAUCCGCAAUCCCGCAUCGCAACGUCUCUGAUCAGUGCAUCAUCUUCUCGAUCAGCAGUCGCAUCAUCAUGUCGCUCAACGACCUUUCGCAGGGCUCCAUCGCCCAGAUGAUUCAGACCGCGGACCCUGCAAGCUCCUCGGUGCAGAACCCGGUCUGUCAGAUCCUCAGCAUCAAAAAGAUCCAGGCUAGCGCCACUUCCGCAUCCAACGUUGGCGAUCGGUACCGCAUCAUCCUUUCCGACGGCGUCCACUAUGCGCAGGCAAUGCUUGCUUCGCAGAAGCGAUCCAUGGUCGAAUCGGGCGAGCUGGAGAAGCACUGCCUCGUGCGCAUCACGCAGUUUGCCAGCAACUCUGUGCAGAACCGACGCAUCCUCAUCUUGCUCGACCUCGACGUCGUCCACAAACCCACCGCUGACCGUCUAGGCAACCCCACCAACGUCGACGAGGCGGUCAAGACCGAAGGCGGUGUCAAGCAGGAAGGCGGCGCCAACGCUCUGGGCAACAGCGCGCUCGGCAACAACUCUGCGGGUAGGACCACACCCGCCACCUCGGCCAUGGGCAAGCCGGUAGGUGCCGGUGGAGGCCGACCGGGCGGAAGCAGCGUCCACGCCGGCAUGCCCAUCUAUCCGAUCGAGGGUCUCUCGCCGUACCAGAACCGCUGGACCAUCAAGGCUCGUGUCACGUCCAAGUCGGACAUCCGCCACUGGUCCAACCAGCGCGGCGAAGGCAAGCUCUUCUCGGUCAACCUGCUCGACGACAGCGGCGAGAUCAAAGCCACCGGGUUCAACGAUGCGGUCGACCGCUUCUACCCUCUGUUGCAGGAGAACCACGUCUACCUCAUCUCCAAGGCUCGCGUCAACAUUGCCAAGAAGCAGUUCAGCAACCUUCAGAACGAGUACGAGAUCACGUUUGAGAACUCGACCGAGAUCGAGGAGUGCACCGACGCCACCGACGUUCCCGAGGUCAAGUACGAGUUUGUACGCAUCAACGAGCUCGAGGGCGUCGAGCCCAACCAGACGUGCGACGUGAUCGGUGUCCUGGACAGCUACGGCGAGCUGAGCGAGAUCGUCUCCAAGGCGUCGCAGCGACCGGUCCAGAAGCGAGAGUUGACGCUGGUCGACCAGGGCAACAAGAGCGUCCGGCUGACGCUGUGGGGCAAGAACGCCGAGACCUUCCCCAACAACGCCGGCGUCGACGAGAAGCCGGUGAUCGCCUUCAAGGGCGUCAAGGUGGGCGACUUUGGCGGUCGGUCGUUGAGCAUGUUUUCGAGCUCGACCAUGCUCAUCAACCCGGACAUCACCGAGUCGCACGUGCUGCGUGGCUGGUACGACAACGACGGAGCGCACGCGCAGUUCCAGGCGUACACCAAUGCUGGUGUGGGUGGCGGAGCGAUGGCUGCCGGCGGCGCUGGGGGCAACAUGGCCGAACGCCGUACGAUCGCUCAGGUCAAGGACGAGAAUCUGGGCAUGUCGGACAAGCCGGAUUACUUCAACGUGCGCGCCACCGUUGUCUACAUCAAGCAGGAGAACCUGUACUACACCGCAUGCCCUUCGGACGGAUGCAACAAGAAGGUCAGUCUGGACCACGAGAACAACUGGCGCUGCGAAAAGUGCGAUCGCUCCUACGAGGCGCCCGAGUACCGCUACAUUCUCUCUACCAAUGUGGCCGACGCUACGGGUCAGAUCUGGCUGUCGGGUUUCAACGAGGACGCCAGCAAGCUGAUUGGUAUGUCGGCGGGAGAGCUGCACGGGUUGAGGGAGCAGAGCGAGUCCGAGUUCAGCGCUGCGCUGCACAAGGCGGCGAACAGGAUGUACGUGUUCAACUGCAGGGCCAAGAUGGACACGUUCAACGAUACUACGAGGGUGAGCUUGACUAUCGAUCAUAUCCAACAGAUGCGGAAUAUCCUCAUAAAUGCAUCCCAACAUAGCCCCUACCACCUGCUCGCAUUCAUCCAGAGUCUUUCUCAACACCAUCAGUGUUUCAUCCAGCGUAGCAGAAGAUUGACCGUUGGAGAGAUUCGUGAGCAAGGUGCAGGAGUGCGAGAAUGUCGUAUCGAACUGCGCGGCGAGCGCAUCGCAUCGGUUGAUGAGCGUUAG